CGAAGGCAACUAACGCAACGAAAGAGAGAAAAAAAAAAAAACAAUAGCAGGACCAGCAAACACAAAACUAUAAACGUGACUGAAUUUCGACGGCUAUAUUAUAUAUGCGCGAGUGCUAGGCUUAUACAGACGCAGCGAGUGCGUUCAAUAGGAGACAACGCAACGCAGUCCGUCGGCUAGACGAGGGCCAACUACAUAUUUUUGCCAAUGCCUCUGAAAACGGAAUACGCAAUAAAAAACUGUGCGCUGACGACCUUGCCCAUUUUGUGAAAAACGGCGGGACAAGCGGAAUACAAUCCUAAUUUACCAUAAGAGGACUAUUGCAAUCCAAUUGCAUUGGAAAUCAUAACGAUAACGAUUACGACGAAGACGACGACGACGACACACUCACACAUCGAUAAACACCGCUGCUGCUGCAUCCCAAGAUGCCACAGUCGAGAGCCGCUGCCGCUGAGGCGGCCGCUGCUUCCAACUCCGGCGCCCAGCCGCUUGUCAAGAUUGGCCACUAUUUGCUGGGAGCGACGCUCGGCACCGGCACCUUUGGCAAGGUGAAGAUUGGCGAGCAUCAGAUCACACGACUCAAGGUCGCCGUCAAGAUUCUAAAUCGUCAGAAGAUCAAGAGCCUCGAUGUGGUGUCCAAAAUCAAACGUGAAAUCCAAAACUUGAAACUCUUCCGGCAUCCGCACAUCAUCAAGCUAUACCAGGUCAUCUCCACACCAUCGGAUAUAUUCAUGAUCAUGGAAUAUGUGAGCGGCGGAGAGUUGUUCGAUUAUAUUGUAAAGCAUGGCAAGCUGCAGGAGCAUCAGGCGCGCCGCUUCUUCCAGCAGAUCAUAUCGGGCGUGGACUACUGCCACAGGCAUAUGAUAGUGCAUCGAGAUCUGAAGCCGGAGAAUCUGCUGCUCGAUCACAAUAUGCACGUGAAGAUCGCCGACUUUGGCCUGUCCAACAUGAUGCUCGAUGGCGAGUUCUUGCGCACGUCUUGCGGCUCACCCAACUAUGCGGCGCCCGAGGUGAUUUCGGGUAAACUGUAUGCCGGCCCGGAGGUGGACAUCUGGUCAUGCGGCGUCAUCCUGUACGCGCUGCUCUGCGGCACUCUGCCGUUCGAUGACGAGCAUGUGCCGUCGCUGUUUCGCAAAAUCAAAUCGGGCAUCUUUCCCAUACCGGAGUACCUGAACAAGCAGGUGGUGAAUUUGGUGUGUCAGAUGCUGCAGGUGGAUCCGCUGAAGCGCGCCACUAUCGAGGAGAUCAAGAAGCACGAGUGGUUCCAGAAGGAUCUGCCCGCCUAUCUCUUCCCUUCGUCCAUUGAGCAGGACUCGAACGUCAUCGACACGUAUGCCGUGGCCGAGGUCUGCACCAAGUUCGGCGUCAAGGAGUCCGAGGUGCACAACUCCUUGCUCAGUGGCGAUCCGCACGACCAGCUGGCCAUCGCCUACCAUCUGAUCAUUGACAACAAGCGCUUUGCGGACGAUGCGGCCACUCAGAUAAGUGAGAUUAACAAUUUUUUUGUGGCCGGCUCGCCGCCACCGCCCACAGCCCAUUCGCCGCACGAGCCGCGCUCGAGUGCCCAGGAGUCGGGCGCACAGGGAGGUGGCGCCACUGUCACCAUCGGCGGCGGCACGGCGGCCAGCUCUGGCACAGCCACGCCCAGCGGCCUGGGUAGCAGUGCUACGCCCACCAUACGGCCGCAUCCCGAGCGCAUUGCCCCGAUGCGUGAACGCCAGCUGGCCAUGUCCGUGCAGAAUACGGGUGGAGCCGCCUUCCCGGAGAAGACAGCACGCGGCGGCACUCCGAUUAAGCGCGCCAAAUGGCAUCUGGGCAUACGAUCGCAGAGCAAGCCGAACGACAUCAUGCUCGAGGUGUAUCGCGCCAUGAAGGCCCUCAACUACGAGUGGAAGAUCAUCAAUCCGUAUCAUGUGCGUGUCCGGCGCCAGAACGUGAAGACUGGCAAAUAUUCAAAGAUGUCGCUGCAGCUCUACCAGGUGGACCCCAAGAGCUAUCUGCUCGACUUCAAAUCACUGACCAACGACGAAGUCGAACAGGGCGACGAUGUGAUCAUGGAGAGCCUGACGCCGCCGCCAUUGAGUGUGGGUGGCACGAUGCCAGUGCAGCCCACUGGACACCAUACGAUGGAGUUCUUCGAGAUGUGCGCCGCACUCAUCAUACAGCUGGCGCGCUAACGGCCACGCCUACC